AUGGGCCCUCCUCCUCUGCCUUCUUACCCUGCCCUCCUAGGACACUCGCUGCCAAGGAAGCCCCAAAACCAAGUUAAAUGGUUCAUUGAAAGCUGCGCUCAGAGAAGCCUGAGGCCCAGCCUCGGGGUCUGCCCGGGCGAGAGCGGCUGUCUCGAUGCCUGCUGUGCCCUCCUGCCCCUGCCACUCAGGCCAAGCUGGGAGCCGGGGCAGCGAGGGCUGCUGUGCAAAGCCAGCCCGGAGCUGAGUUUAUUAGCUGAGGGAGGGCUGGAGGCGGCUACAUUCCGACUCACAGACUGGAACAUUUCUAUGAUCCGCUGUAAUGCACUGGGAGACACUGGGCACAUUGCUGAAGUUUGA